AUGGUUAAGACAAGUCGGACAAAGGGAAGGGGAGAACGUCCACUGAAGCUCAACCCCUCUUCUCCCUUGCCCUUUGUUUUAGAAUACUUUGAAGAAACUUUCAACAUUAAACCGCAAGAAAUUAACCAAAUCGAAUCCGAAUUAAGUCAUUCUUUUGACAUUUGGUUUCAAAUGUUAAGUUUAUUGAAACCUUUCAAAUUAACUCCCGAACUAGAGCCAAAUUAUGAGAAAGUGCACGAAUUAUUUAAGUGGAUUACAAACAGAUCGAAACAUACUUUAACUUGCACGUUAACAACGUUUACUGAAACGAACGGUCCUCCCAAACAAAAAUAUAUUCAGAUGACAAACAGACUUAAAAGAGAAUUCGAAAAUAUUCUUAAAAAUGAUGCGAUAUUUCUAUAUCCUUGCCAUCCACAAACGGCUAUUUUUCAUCACGAAUCACUGCUAAAGAUGUAUAAUAUCGGAUAUACAGCAAUUUUCAAUGUGCUUGGUUUUCCCGUAACGCAAUGUCCCUUGGGUUUGAGUUUGAAAGGAUUACCUUUGGGAAUACAAGUUGUCGGUGGUCUCGAUCAAGAUCAUCUAACGAUAGCUGUGGCCAAGCAAUUGGAAAAAGCUUUCGGAGGUUGGAGAAAUCCUAACAGUAAUCAAAUUUUAUUAUAAAUUCGAAUUUAUGUAACGUGCCUUCAAAGAUAAAAAUAGCAAGUUUAUAGUUCAAAUAUUAUACAAGUACUGCAUAUUUCAUUGCAGUUUAUUAUAAUUUGUGUUGCCUACUUUCGAAACAUACCACGCUACU